AUGAAGGACUCUUUCAUCACCAAAUUGCACACUCGCGAGAUCGACGAUGUCGCGAUACGUUCCGCCAGCUACCGCAAGCUGUACGCCAACCGCCGAUUGAUCGAUGAUCUCGACAUCGUCAACGAGCUGGACGGUCACUCAGGCUGUGUGAACGCACUCUCCUGGUCGAAGUCAGGUCGUCUACUUGCUAGCGGCAGUGACGAUCAACAUUUGAACAUUCACACGUACCAACCGGAGAAUGCAGUCGACCAAUUCCAGCUCACCGCCACCGUUGCGACUGGGCACACUCAGAACAUCUUUUCCGUCAAGUUCAUGCCACAUAGCAACGAUCGCACCGUUGUUACAGCUGCAGGCGACGCCCAGGUCCGCAUCUUUGAUCUAGAGUAUGCUGGUCAGAGUAGUGGAGCCUCUCAUGCUUCGCACAGUGCGUCUGAGGGACGAAGAAGAGGUCGAAACAAUAUCUACGAUGGAGUGACAUACUUGAGCGAUGGUGAUACAAACGCACGAGUCUACAGAUCUCACGGAGACCGUGUCAAGCGCAUUGUCACCGAAUCCUCGCCGCAUUUGUUCUUGACUUGCAGUGAGGACGGGGAAGUCAGACAAUGGGACUUGAGGCAGCCUUCAUCAGCGUACCCACCACCCAGCCGCUCUCAUCACAGCAACAUCCCACCGCCGCUUAUCUCGUACAAGCGAUACGGUCUGGACCUAAACACAAUAUCCUGCUCGGCAAGCCAACCACACUACAUUGCUCUUGGAGGUGCUCAUCUGCAUUGUUUUCUUCAUGAUCGCCGGAUGACCGGUAGAGACAGGCUCGCAGAAAUGGGUCGAUCGUUGUCCCCUAUCGAUCACCUCUCUCACGACGAGCAAGAGCUGAUGGCCCAAGCUACGCAGUGCGUGAGGAAAUUCGCGCCAAAAGGACAGCGAAAGAUGCAGAGGGCGGACAAUGGCCACAUUACGGCUUGCAAAAUUAGCGAUGCUAGGCCGGACGAAUUGAUCGCGUCGUGGAGCGGCGAUCACAUCUAUAGCUUCGAUCUGAUCAGAGAUCUACCAGUUGAUCAAGAGGAUAGUAUUGGAGCUUUGCGAAGUAGCAAAACAAACGAAAGUCGCGACAGGAAGCGGAAGAGACAGGCAGCCGGUAGCGAGGCAUCCUUUGGCCAAGACGCAAGGGCUUCAUCGCGCCCACGCGCUGAAGGCCUCGAAGCAGCUCUCAGAAUCCGUUACCAGAAUGGGCAGACCGAAGACAUCGAUUUACCCAAUGUGCCCCAGACACUGACAGAGCGGCAGAAAGAUGCACAGCGCAUCGCCAGAGCAUCAGUGAAAGUUCGCACUUCGUUGUUUGGGAUCCAAGCCACCUCUCCUGCAACCAGUCAAUUUACCACAGCCUUAGGACAGGCGGCUAGUAUAAUGCCAGAUAUUGAUCAGGUGGUCCGAGACUGGGGUUAUCCCUUAGAUCCCGAACCCGAUGCAGUGAACGUGCAGCAAACACUAAGGCGACAACGCGAAGGUACGCGUCGAUUUAUUCAAGGUGCUGGCACGCUUGCGAGAGUACUCGGUGGCAAGCUGCAGACAGCAUCCGGCAUCGCAAGCCCAAUGCUCGAACCAUACCUCGCGAUUGAGACCCGGAACAGCGAGCUUCCACUCGCACAAGACGAAGAGUUCCUCUACGACUUUCUAAAAGCUCUAUUGCUAUGGUUAGACUCCGGCGUGGGGCGCUUGAUCGAAGGUUUCACACGACCAAGCGAUAUGCCAGCUGGGAGCAAGGCUGCUCACAGGCUCCCAAUACCAGAACAGGAUGCUGGCACAGAAGCCAUUGACGAAUACCUGAUACCUUAUCUUCUUUCGAAGGCAGGAGACGAUCCCAUCAUCAACAUCGAGAGUAAUAGGUUCGAAACCGAGCAGAGUCGACGUCUUUUUGCAGAUCAGAAAGCCGCGGUGUUUGCCUUCGCCGCCGCAGUAAAGAUACCUUUCGCGGACCUUUCUUCGGCCGUAGCGCUAGCAGAAGGAGGCGGAACUGUCCAGGCUCAAGACCGUUCCGCUGCCCACACGUUCUGGGGUCGUAAAGUUGCUCGUGGUCUGCUGCUUGAAGCUGCAGAAGGGCUCAAUUUCGUUGUCGUUGACCGUGCCUUCGGCGGCCUUGGCAGGGUAAUACGGGAAGUUGCGGCUGAAGAAGCAAUUGAUGGCGCGCUUAACGAGGAAGAAAACGUUGAAGAUGACGUUAUGAGUGCUGUGGAGGUCAUGGAUGCGAAUGGUGAUGUCGUUGAUGGAGCAACUGGGGAUGACAUAGCUCUGGCUGUCAGAGAGGCGAGGCGGCAUGAAAGCGCUAGUACUACCGGUGAUGUUCAACAAACCGGAGCCCGGGCAGAACACGAUCCAUUACUCCUAGAGGAGCACUCCGGGGCCGAAGAUGAUUACCAUCACGGAGACGACGACGAAAGUAGCGACGAAGAUCUGGGUGAUUACGGCGAUGAUGGCAGCGAGGACAGAAGGGAUGAAUCAGACUCAAGCUCGGAGCCGGAUGAAGAAGACGGUGUACCGAACAUCGCGCCAAGGUACUAUCGGACAGGCUUCGAGCGCCGUAAAUUGCGCCCUAAAGUCGAAGCGGAGACACAGUGCUCGCGGGCCACUCGACAAUACCGUGGGCACUGCAACGUGAGGACCGUCAAGGAUGUCAACUAUUUCGGCCCUGACGACGAGUACGUAGUGUCCGGCAGUGACUGUGGGAACAUUUUCAUAUGGGACCGGAGAACUUCUGAACUGAUCAAUAUCCUGGAAGGCGACGGAGAGGUGGUGAAUGUUAUUCAAGGCCAUCCACACGAAACUAUGCUAGCGGUCUCUGGCAUCGAUCAUACCAUCAAGAUCUUCUCCCCGGACGCUCGACAAAGAGAAGUUGCGCGGCUUGGUCGAGGGAUUACUGCGCAUGAUGCGUCCUCUUUCAGCUCUAUUGCGUGGCCUGUGCGGAUUGGAAGACGGAGACGUCAGACUACGAGUGAUCAGGAGACAACGUCAUCUGGGCAUGCAAUUCCGGCCCCCUCCCAAGAAGAGCGUGAAGCAGCUGAGGAUGAGGAAUACAUUGCUCCAAACGGACUCCGCUCCAGAAAGCGCAUGCAUGACCACUACAGAAUAACCCAGCAAAACGAUGUGGAGCGGGCGGGUGGGAACCAGGAAGCUGUCAUCACGCUACCUCAUGCCCAGCUUCUCCAACUUCUCUUCGGCCGCCUAGGUGACGUUGGCCUCGUUCCCAAUUUUGACUGA